GUUGGAAUAAAGUGGUAGUAACCCAAUUUCACUCAUUUGACCCCAACACAUCUUCUUAUUCUUCUGCUUCUUCAUAUUUAUCCACCAAUUUUACAAAGACAGUUGGUACUCUGCACCACCGAUUUUUUUUCACUUUUUACUUUUUGUUGUGAAAGGAGUUUCAACAAAAAGAAAGUUUUUUCACACACAAAAAGCAAAAAGCAUGUAAAAGCUGUCACAAGAAUUUCAAAGCCUACAAAGAAAAGAAGAGUUUUAUAAAACCAAAUAAAAAGCUGAGCACUUCCAUUGAGAGAUCGAUCCAAACACCAAACACCAAGAAACACAACAACAGAGAAUAAAAAGCAAAAGCAAAUGAUCAAAGGAAGAGAUGGAAACAGAGGAUCCUCUUCUUCUUCUGGUUACUCUGCAGAUUUGUUGGUUUGUUUCCCUUCAAGAACCCACUUAGCUCUUGCACCUAAACCCAUUUGCAGCCCAUCUCGUCCUUCCAUCUCCACCAACCGUCGUCCACACCACCGUCGCCAGCUCAGCAAACUCUCAAACGGCAGAGGAGGAGGAGGACACGGGAGUCCUGCUCUGUGGGCUAAACAAGCAAGUAGUAAGAACAUGGGUAAUGACGAAACAGCCGAGCCCACUUCUCCUAAAGUUACUUGCGCCGGUCAGAUCAAAGUCCGGCCGAGAAAAUGCGGCGGGAAAGGAAAGAACUGGCGGUCUGUGAUGGAGGAGAUAGAGAGGAUACAUAGCAGCAACAAGUCGCAGAGCAAGUUUCUUGGACUGAAGAAAGAUGUGAUGGGUUUCUUGACUUGUCUAAGGAACAUCAAGUUCGAUUUCAGGUGUUUUGGUGAUUUCAGACAUGCUACUGAUGUCACUAGCGACGACGAGGAAGAAGAGGAAGAUGAUGAAGAGGAACAAAAGACUGUUUUCUCCAAAUGGUUUAUGGUUUUACAAGAGGAAGAACAGAGCACUAACGACGAAAACAAGAACAACAAGAAGUGCGUCGUUGGUGAAAACGCAGACGCGGAACCGGCGGUUCCGCCGCCGAACGCUCUUUUGCUGAUGAGGUGUAGAUCGGCUCCAGCGAAGAGUUGGUUAGAAGAGAGAAUGCAAGUUAAAACAGAGCAUGAAAACAGGGAAGAAGAAGAAGAAACAGAGGAUCAAGAGAUGAGUGUGAAUAAGAAGAAGAAUAAGAAGGAUUUGAGAUCACUAAUGGAGGAAGAGAAUAUGGAACUAGUGUUGAUGAGAUACGAUACUGAUUAUUACAGACUCUCUUCAGACAUAGCUAAGGAGACUUGGGUUGUCGGAGGAAUUAAUCAAGAUCCUCUGUCUCGUAGUCGAAGCUGGAAAAGCUAAUAUUUCUCACUAUUAAUCAUCGUAUUUUAAAGAUAUGAUUAAGAUUUUUUUUAUACUACCAUUUAGAUUAUGUGUUUAUUAAUUUUGGUACUUGUUUUCACCUUUUUUUCUUUGGUUUCUUGAGUUUCUAGGGUUACUCUGUUUCGUAUCUCAAAAGGUUUGUUUUUACUUUGUUUCAGUGUGUUUUUUUUCAUCACGACGUGUGUAACGUAACGUAAAUAUGUACAUGGUCUUUUAUCC